UCGAUGGAUUUGAAUCGAUUUUAUCGGUUCGGGUUAGGUUUUCACGCCCUCAGUUUAGCCCCAAGCCCCCAACACGACUAAUGUAGUAAUGUAUCGUGAGAAAGCGUCUUGAUAAGAGCUGAGCUUUUCAGUUCAUUCAUCCCUUUUAAACCCCCAAAUUUCGAAAAACGACGAGAGGGCGACAACGGAGCCGCCAUUUUCCGUUUCAAAGAGAACACGGAGAAUGGGCAGCUCCCGUGAUUCGUCCCCAGAUUGGGUUCGAUCUUUCCAGGCACCUCAGACAAUUACAACAUUAUCUUCGGACUCUGAAUCUCCUCCUGAUGAUAGCCCAGUAAGGGAUGAUGUUAGCUGUCACAUUGAGAAACCUGCACAUAAAACAUCCCAAUUUCUUGAGAAAGAUCAGAAUCAAGGUUUGAUUCUUAUUGAUAGUGGAGGAGAGUCUCCAAUUAGUAAGGCUCCAAAAACAAUGUCCAAAAAAUCCCGAGCAAAAAUGAAGAGUGAGAAAGAACAACCUGUGCAUGAUACAGCUGAAUUUCCAGGAAGAGACCAGAAACAGGAUUUGAUUCUUAUUGACAAUGGAGGAGAGUCUCCUGUUAGUAAAGCUCCAAAAACAAAGUCUCCAAAAGCCCGGGCAAAAUUGGCAAAUCAUGAAGCUACAAAGAAAAAGAAAGUUGACCAUAAGAACAAAAGAGAAGGAAAUGGGUAUGAAGGGGAAGUUGCAGAGAAGGAAAUACUGGAGAAGCAUAUUGAAAAUCAUGUCUCCUCUUCAAGGUUGUCUUUGGUUUUGUCGGAGAAAGUCCAUCGUUCAAAGGUAUGGUCUCAUGCCGAUAUAACUAGAUUCCCUUCUCAUAAUGAGUCUUGUUGAAAGUUCUUGACUGCAAUAUAAAUGU